AUGUCGCUCUGGAGAUUCAUGAUCCCCUUGUUUCUGGUCUAUCUCGCCGAGUACAACAUGCAGUCGGGAGCAUGGAGUGCGAUAGGUUUUCCUCUCGACGAUGAGUCCGCCAGGAAUCAAUUUUACAGGACGUCGAACAUCAUGUAUCAAUGCGGCGUCUUCGUCUCCCGGUCUUGCGGGCAAUUCUUCACCAUCAACCUCUACGUGCUGUGGGUGUUUCUCCUCCUCGCAUUCUUCAUCGUCAACGCUCUCUUUGAGUUCUGGUACGAUUGGUCCCUCCUCUCCAUGUGCUUCGUUUCGGGCCUCUUCGGCGGGACCGUCUACUUCCAUGGCUUCUCGCUCCUGUCAAAGACGACUGAGCAUGCGAGGAAGGAGCUUGCGAUGUCUUCAGUCUCCAUGGCCUCUGACAUCGGUGUCACGAUCGCUGACUUCACGGGCAUCCUCGUUCAGCAGGGCUGCAUCUAUCGCUUCCAUGGCAUCCCCGGCGCCACCUUCCAGUGUCUCUCGUCUCGAUGA